UCUAUUUUUUAAAUAUAAAUAUUUCCAUUAUGAACAUACUAUAUACAAAUAAUAAUGCAAACAAAUUAGCUGGCAAGAAUACGAGAUAGUAACUUUUAAAUUAGGAAAGAGAACAGAUAGAUCUCUUUCUAUUUCCAGAGUUUCUCUCCAAAAAAAGAUUAUUUCUUUGUGAGUUUUUGUUGAAACUUUUUUCCAAGAACUCAGUUUUUCACUUUUAUAUUUUGAGAUUUUUGCUCAUUUUACAACAAUGGAGUGGAGGCAUUGUUUUUCUUGUAUUUUUCUACUGUUUUUUUGCUCCAUUUUUGCUGGUUUGUCGGUUUCAGCUUCAGCUUCUUUAUCAGAUGGGAUUUUUAUUAAUCAAGAUUCUGUUGGGAGGAGUCUACUUCAGGCCAAGAAACCUUGUCCUACUAGCUUCGAGUUUCAGAACUACACUAUUAUCACUAGCCAAUGUAGAGGACCGCAAUACCCAGCCAAACAAUGUUGUGCAGCCCUUGCGCAGUUUGCCUGUCCCUUUUCAGACUAUGUGAAUGAUUUGACAACUGAUUGCGCCUCUACCAUGUUCAGCUACAUUAAUCUUCAUGGGAAGUACCCACCCGGUCUUUUCGCGAGCGAGUGCCAAGGUGACAAAAAGGGGAUACCAUGUCCUGACGUAGCACCAUCAGAAUCUGCCAAUGCUAAUAAUAGUCAGAUGAGCUGUAGACUAUCACCGAUCCUGAUGAUUGUAACUUCUGUUACAGGCUUGUUAUUGUUGCUUCUCUGAAGAUCCCUAAAUGUUUUGGCGUAGUUUCUGUAUUCUUUAUUGUCAAAUAUUGUUUGAACUCUGGAUUUUCUUCUACCACGGUACCACUGAUUAACAAUCAGCAAGAAACUCAUUUGAGGCUUCUCUUGUAAUUCUUUAUAUAUUACAACAGCAGUUAUUGCUGAUAUGAUACUUGUGUAUUGAAAAUGAUUCUCCUCUGUAAUCCGAGGAUCUGUUAAAUAUUAUUUCAUUUUGUUGUAUUUUCA